UGGACUUACGUAGUGGAAGUAUCACUCAGGUGUCCGACUCCCUGGAGUAGGUAAGGAAAUAAGUUGGUGUUCUCAAGAAAUUGGGGGGAGGGGAAUGAGAAAUAGUUUGAUUCUGUUUAGGGUUUAUGAGAUAAAUUUAAAUUCAGUGAAGAUUUGGGCGAAUUUAUCCAUCCCUUGUCCGAAUUGAGGAUAAGAUUCGAGAUUAAUCCAAUUUCUUCGUCAAAAUAGCGAAGUUAGGUUUAGAUUUGUUGGGUGAAGUUCCUCUUGUUCUUGAACGAAACCUAAUUUCAUUCAUUCGAUCAUGUAAGUCUCCGAAACAUCUCCGACAGAUCCAAUCGCAGAUCAUAACGAACGCUGUGGAUCACCAAACGCAUAUCGUAAGCUCGCAUUUCUUGAUGAGGUGUUCAGAGCUGAAGGAAAUCGAUUAUGCCCGACAAGUGUUCGACCAAAUGCCUGACCGAAGGUAUGCGUCUCUGUGGAAUGUAAUGUCGAAAGGAUACCUUACGAAUGAGAGAUAUGUCGAAGUGAUGAUUUUAUUGCGUGAUAUGAUGAAGGAGAAUGUGAAGCCUAAUUGCUAUACACUGCCUGUGAUUUUAAAAUCGUGUUGCAGAAUUUUGGGGUUGAGGGAAGGGGAAGAAGUUCAUUGUCUUGCUGUUAAAAAUGGUUUCAAGGCGAAUACGUACGUCGCGACGAGUUUGAUCGAGCUUUAUUCGGGCGCGGGAUGUGUCGAAUGUGCGUAUAAAGUGUUCCUCGAAAUGGUUGUUAGGAAUGUGGUUUCUUGGACUGCAAUGGUGAAUGGAUUUGUCGGAAAUGACGAUUUGGUUAGGGCGAGGGAGCUUUUUGAUUUAGCACCGGAGCGCGACGUUGUUUUGUGGAAUAGAAUGGUUACGGCGUAUGCGGCGCGCGGAGAUAUGAUCGAGGCGAGGAAUCUUUUUGAUGCGAUGCCGGGGAAGGAUUUGAUGGCGUGGAACACGUUGUUGAAUGGUUACGCCGGGAAUGGGGAUGUCGAGGGGUGUAAGAAUUUGUUCGAGUCGAUGAGGGAGAGGAAUGUGUUUUCUUGGAAUGCCGUGAUCGGAGGAUUUGCUCGUAAGGGAUGUUUUGUCGAAGUUCUUGACAUGUUCGAGAGAAUGUUGAAAGAGGCGAGCGUCGAGCCUAACGACGCGACGGUCGUAACCGUUUUGACGUCGUGCGCGAGGCUUGGCGCUCUCGAGUUUGGCGAACGGGUGCACGAUUACGCCGACGGGAAAGGGCUCGGGAAAAACAUUUACGUUUGCAACGGUUUGGUCGACAUGUACGCAAAAUGUGGCGCGAUGGAUCGCGCAGUCGACGUUUUCGAGAAAAUGGCGAAGAGGGAUUUGAUAUCGUGGAAUACGGCGAUCAAUGCCUUGGCGGUGCACGGCGACGGCGGGAAUGCGCUGAGGCUUUUCGACGAGAUGAAAAUUGUCGGGGAAAGACCCGACGGCGUCACAUUUAUCGGGAUUCUUUGUGCGUGUUCGCAUAUGGGUUUGGUUAAAGACGGGUUGGAUCAUUUUCGAUCGAUGACAAGCGAUUAUUCGAUCGAGCCACGGAUCGAGCAUUAUGGGUGCGUCGUCGAUCUCUUGGCUCGAAACGGGCUUUUGCGCGAGGCGUUCGAUUUCGUUCGUAAUUUGCCGUUCGAAGCAGACGGUGUUAUAUGGACGGCAUUGCUCGCAGCGUCGCGGGUACACAAGAAAAUCGAAUUCGCCGAGGUGGCACUCGAGAAGCUCGUCGAGCUCGACCCAAGGAACCCGGCGAAUUACGUAAUGCUGUCUAACGUAUACGGCGAAGCCCGGAAUUGGGGAAAGUUGGCGCGGCUAAAAGUUGCGGUUAGGGACACGGGAUCGAAGAAGGUUCCGGGAUGGAGCUCGAUCGAAACCGUCGAUGGCGUCGCCAUGUUCUAUUCGUUCGACGAACGAAACCCGCAAACCGACGAAAUUUUCGGGUUAUUGAGAGGAUUAACAACGUUGUUAGGGUUGCCAAUGUAUGAAUUUGAUCUUGUAGAGGCUUAGAUGAGAACGUAAAUUUUGUUCAUCAAGAACACAUUUGGGCCGGAUUUUACCGUUAUGUGUUUGAGCCGGCCCAUUAAGGAAAUGGUAGGCGUGGUGAGGCCCAAUUGUGGCCCAUUAAGGAUUUUCUGGGUGUAAUAUACUUUGUCCACAAUAAAUAUCUGCAUUUUA